CUCCCCUCAAUUGUUGGAGCCAUUUCGGAGCUUCUGAACUACAUUUCCCAAGGCGCCCUGCGUGACGUCCCACUUGGCGCUGCGGCGAAGGUGUCCCGUGAGUCUCUGAGCGCAGAACUCCGCCUCCGCCUCUGGGGGCGGGACGACAUCUGACUCCUGGAGCGCCCAAUUACGCACUUCCUCUCGGGGUCUGGGCCGAAUCGCCUUGUGGCGGGUUCGAGGCCCGCCUCCUGAAUCUCGCCACUAGCCCCUGAGGCCGGGGCGGGGCGCAUUCACCGGGUAACCGCUCCUCAGCGAGGGGCGGUGGCACGCGUUGGACUUCAGCAUGGAGGACUACCUGCAGGGUUGUCGAGCUGCUCUGCAGGAGUCCCAACCACUGCACGUUGUGCUGGGAAAUGAAGCCUGUGACUUGGACUCCAUGGUGUCUGCUCUUGCCUUGGCUUUUUACCUGGCACAGACGACUGAGGCUGAUGAUGUCUUUGUGCCAGUGUUAAAUAUCAAACGUUCUGAGCUACCUCUGCGAGGUGAUAACGUCUUCCUCCUUCAGAAGUUUCACAUUCCAGAGUCCCUGUUGAUUUUCCGGGAUGAGAUUGACCUUCAUGCAUUGCACCAGGCCGGCCAGCUUACCCUCAUUCUUGUUGACCAUCAUGUCUUACCCGGGAGCGACGCAGUCCUAGAGGAGGCAGUGGCGGAGGUGCUAGACCAUCGGCCCAUCGAGCAGAAGCGCUGCCCUCCGUGCCAUGUUUCAGUUGAGCUGGUGGGGUCCUGCAGUACCCUGGUGACCGAGAGAAUCCUGCAGGGGGCACCAGAGAUCUUGGACAGGCAAACUGCAGCCCUUCUGCAUGGGACAAUCAUCCUGGACUGUGCCAACAUGGACCUUCAAAUCGGGAAAGCAACCCUAAAGGACAAAAACUAUGUGGAGAAACUGGAGGCCCUCUUCCCAGACCUGCCUGAGAGAAAUGACAUCUUUGAUUCUCUGCAAAAGGCAAAGUUUGAUGUGUCAGGACUGACCACUGAGCAGAUGCUGAGAAAGGACCAGAAGACCGUCUUCAGGCAAGGCGUCAGGGUGGCCAUCAGUGCAAUAUAUAUGGACUUGGAGGCCUUCCUGCAGAGGUCCGGCCUCAUGGCAGACCUCCGUGCUUUCUGCCAGACUUACAGCUAUGACAUCCUGGUCGCCAUGACUAUCUUCUUCAACGCUCACAAUGAGCCAGUGCGGCAGUUGGCUAUUUUCUGUCCCUAUACAGCACUCCGAAUGACAAUCUGCGACGUCCUGGAACACUGUCACUCUCCAUGCCUGAAGCUGACCCUUAUCCCAAGCCCCGACCCUAACCUUCAAGCCUAUGCUCAAGGCAACACCCAGGUGUCUCGAAAGAAAUUUCUGCCUCUCCUUCUGGAAGCCCUGUCAGCAUAUUUUGACUCCACGACAAGCCCUUCAGGGCAGCCGGAGACAGUGGAUGUGUCCAGGGAGCAGGUGGACAAGGAAUUGGACAGGGCAGGUACCUCGCUGAUUCCUGGACUGAGUCAAGACGAGGAGGAGCCCCCACUGCCCCCCACGCCCAUGAACAGCCUGGUGGACGAGUGCCCUCUGGAUCAGGGGCUGCCGAAACUCUCAGCCGAGGCCAUCUUUGAGAAGUGCAGUCAGAUCUCGCUGUCACAAUCUUCCACUGCCUCCCUGCCCAAGAAGUGACCACUGGGAGGGGAGGGGUUAGUGAGAGAGGUUGCUUGAACUACCAUGAAUGCAUGUUUGGUGAGGUUUCAGCAAUUCUGUCUUCAUUGCUCCAGGAUAUGGCGUACCGGUACUGUUCUCAUAAAUCUGGGAGGAGAAAGAAGUAAAAGAAAGCAGCUACUUUAGGAAUGGCUUUCUACCAACCCCCCACUCCCCGCUCCAAUCUCUAUCAAUCCAAUUCUGUUAUUUAAUUUAAUUCUUAGAUCUGCACUGACUCCCCAGGGGUACAAUGUUAACUCCUACACUGUUCCAGCAGAGUGGCACAAAAAAGAACGUGUACCCCAAAAGUGCCCUCAGCAAGGCUCUCGAAUAGAACCAGUGUCUCUCAUGGAAACAAACAUUCAUUGUCUCCAUGUGUUCAUUUCUUCUCUCACUGACUCAAGUAUUCAUUGAAUACCCAAUGUAAGCUAUACAGCAUAUAGAGUGUGUGUUGGAAACUACUGUUCUAGUUUUAGCAGAUUUCCAGCUUUGUGACUCCUCUUCCUGCCCCCAGUUAGGUAAUGAUGUCUGAUUCCAAGAUGGCUACAUUUUUUUUAUGAGUUUGUGACUCUCGUAGGAUUAUUUGGGAGCAGAUUAGAGGCCGUUAUCUUCUGCCCUGCUCAGGUGGCCUGGAUCUCGGUUUCUUUGGAUCCCUUGUCCCGAAACCACAGGGAGCCUGAAGAAACCCACAAGAGCCCUGAGCAUUCCAGAGAUGCUCAGGAAGGCCUUACGACCUCAUGGGCACUCUUCCCAAAACACAGCAGAACUGCAAUGAGAGCCUCGGCUCUUCCCCUGCCUUAGCGGGCCUGUCAGUUUCAUGUCCAUGUCAUUCUCUUGCUCAUAGUAAAAGGGAUGAUGGAGUUCUGAUUUGGACUGCCACGAGCUGUGUGUCUUUGGCAAGGCUCUUUAUCUCUAGGUUUCAUUUCCCCCAUCAGUAGAACUAAGGAUCUAGACUAGAAGUCCUGUUCUCCUUGGCAAUAGUCAGGGUCACUGGAUCGUCUGUAUUUAUGUGCGAUUGUACCAAGGGACUCAGCCUCAUGUAGCAUGUACAGGGGUAUGAUUCAUACCACAGUGACCCAGCAAAGAGCUCCCGCCCACUGACUUGUUCUGCAUGUGUAGUCUCCCUUUUUUCUUCAGACCAACCUGUUCCCCCUUCUCCUAUCCCGCAGCUCUGUUCCAUGUAAGUUGCCAACAGUUUCACUGAAUUGUGGGGAAUGUGAUGGUUUUAGCAUGACGUUUUCAGUAUGAGGGGGACAGUGUGACUUCAUGUUGAGGGGAUGAUGUGAGUAGCCAUUGGAAGGUAAAAAUAGUGGUGUGAUUACUGAACCAAAGGAAUUUAUGUUUUGUAACUUGGGUACUUUAUUUUGCAUUUUGUUAAAGAAUUAAAUAAUUUUUUCCUGG